AGUUCAGCCCAGACAGUGAGUUGGGGGUACUGCUGGCAGCUCUAAUAGAUUUACAUGAAUAAGAGGAAUGGCUUUAGCUGGGGUUCGUGUUCUGGAACUGGCAGGUCUUGCUCCUGCGCCAUUUUGCGGAAUGAUUCUAGCAGAUUUUGGUGCCAAAGUGAUCCGAGUGGAUAAAAGUAGUAGCAAUGUAAUAAUGGACACCAUGGCACGAGGAAAAAAAUCUAUAGUUGUGAACCUCAAGAACCGGGAAGGGAUCAGUGUAUUGAAGAAAUUAUGCAAAAAGUCUGAUGUCUUGAUUGAGCCUUUCCGUCAUGGUGUCAUGGAGAGCCUUGGGCUCGGACCCGAUAUUAUGCUUAAAGAAAACCCACAGCUUAUUUACGCAAGACUCACUGGAUUUGGCCAGAGUGGAAAAUAUGCAAAAUCAGCUGGUCAUGACAUCAAUUAUGUCUCAAUGUCAGGUUUGCUGUCAAAACUGGGAGUCAAAAAUGACAGUCCAACCCCACCUCUUAACCUUCUGGCAGACUUCGCUGGUGGUGGUCUGAUAUGUGCAUUGGGAAUUGUUAUGUCGCUGUAUGAGCGCACUAUGUCAGGCAAAGGCCAAGUCAUUGAUUGUAGUAUGGUGGAAGGCGCUGCAUAUGUUGGAUCCUUUAUUUGGAAGAGCCAGAAACUGGGCCUGUGGAGUAAUUCUCCAGGUGAAAAUUUGCUGGAUGGGGGAGCUCCUUUCUAUACCACAUACAUGACGGCAGAUGGAAAAUUUAUGGCAGUGGGCCCUCUUGAAACCAAGUUCUAUGCCGAAUUGUUAAAAGGACUUGAGCUUGAUGCCUCUGAAUUACCUCAUCAGAUGAGCUUCUCGGACUGGCCCGAAAUGAAGAGAAUCUUUGCCCAAAAGUUCCGAGAGAAAACACAGGCAGAAUGGUGCCGAAUAUUUGAUGGAACCGAUGCUUGUGUUACUCCAGUCCUCAGCUUUAGUGACGUUGCCUUACACCAACACAAUGAGGAUCGUGGAUCUUUUAUAUGCAACGAUGAAGGGGAAUUAAGCCCACGGCCUGCUCCUCUUCUCUCUAGAACACCUGCAGCUCCAAACACCAGCAGGGAUCCUUUGGUCGGAGAACACACGCAUGAGAUACUCGCAGAAUAUGGCUUCAGCCAAAGGGAAAUUUCUGAUCUCCAAACCCGCGGAGCAGUUGCAACAAACAAAGCCAAAGCUCAGUUGUAAAGAACAGUAUCAAGGUUAACAAUGCAAGCUGAAAUUGUGAUAUCAAAAAUUACUGAUUGCCGACAAUCAGCAUCUAAUUCAUUACUGGAUUUUGUUCUAUAAUGUGUCCAAAGACAUAAGAGAAGGCUGUGGUGUUUGGUAUGCAAGAUUUAAAUAUUCUGUGUUUUAAUGGGAUAUUGUAACAAUAAUAUUUAAUUGCAAAAUUAAGAUGAACAAAGGAAAGAAAAUAAAAGUGAAUGAACAAA